AUGGUACGUUUACAGCCUGAUCCUUUCCUCAAUGAGCUCACCGGCAUGUUCGAACGGACUACAGAAAAGGGUUCUGUGUGGGUUACGUUAAAACACUCAUCUGACAAGUCCAAGGUGAAAAGAAAUAAGAUGAAGACAGCUGGUGAGAAGAUCGAGUACAAGUGCCUCAUUCGAGCUACAGACGGGAAAAAGACCAUCUCGACCAUGGUUGGCCCGAAAGAUCAUCAGCGUUUUCAAUCUAGUUAUGCGACUAUUCUGAAAGCUCGGAUGACCGCUUUGAAAAAGAGGGAGAGGAAGGACAAGAGAAAGGCAGUUGAUUCUGAGAAGAAAUUGGUCCCAAAGAAGGAUUCAAAGAAAUAA